GUCCCAUACGCCUCUAAAGGGAAGAGUCUGUCUCAGGACAAUCCAAGCACAUCCAGACACAAGGUAUAACAAAACACCAUCUCCUUAAAAAAGUUGUGGACAUGGGCGUCUGUGGGAAGCUUUUGCAAAUCAUGGUGCCUGGAGUGAUAAUAUUUGCAGUUGUGUCAGCAGCAACUAACGCCAAGCCUGGCUGCCCCAACAGGUGUGGAGGUGUAGAAAUUCCAUACCCAUUUGGCUUGACUGAGGCCUGCUAUCUAGAUGUGAGCUUUAAUAUCACCUGUGACGACUCUGGAAUACCAAAGACAGGUAUUCUCAAUGUAACAAGCAUAUCCAUUGAGACUCAUGAGUUGCAUAUCUUGAAUUCUGUAGCCCGAGAUUGUUACAAUCGGUUCGGUGGAGUUUUAUACAAAGGCUGGUUCUCGGUCCGGACAGGCCAGUACACCAUUUCGAACACCAAAAAUAAGAUCAUUGUUCUUGGCUGUGACACUUAUGCAUACCUCAGUGGGCUCCAAAACGGAGAAUGGUACUCGAUCGGGUGCUCAUCUCGAUGCCCUAGCCUUAACAAUGUGGUCAAUGGAUCUUGCUCUGGCGUUGGGUGUUGCGAGGUAGGGUUUCCGGAUGGGCUAAAGGAUAUUGAAGUGAAAGUAACGAGCUUCAAAAAUCACACCAAAGUAUGGAACUUCAAUCCCUGCGGCUAUGCUUUUGUUGUCGAGAAAGGCGAGUUCAACUUCUCCUCCAGUUAUCUCAAGAAUUUUCAUCUACCGAACAAGACGGUUCCACUGGUGCUUGAUUGGGCUGUUGGCGAUGAGAAAUGCAAAGAAGCUCGGAACAAACCGAAUUUUGCAUGUCAGGAGAAUAGCGAAUGCUUUGACCCUCAAAACAGGCGAGGGUACCGCUGCAAGUGCAAGCAGGGUUACCAAGGGAACCCAUACCUCCAUGGGGGUUGCCAAGACAUUGACGAAUGUAGGGAUUCAAAACUCAAUAAUUGCACGAAAAUCUGUAUCAACAUAGAAGGCAAUUAUACAUGUGCUUGUCCCAAGGGGUACCAUGGGGACGGAAGAAAAGAUGGUGAAGGUUGUGCUGCGGAUCCCGUACAGCAAGCGAAUAAGAUUCCCAUUGGCAUUAGCAGUGUCCUUGGGCUAUUGGUUCUACUUGUUGGUGGAUGGUGGUCCUACAAAGUGAUCAAAAAAAGGAGGAUGAUUAAACAGAAGAACAAGUUCUUCAAACGAAAUGGUGGUUUAUUGUUACAACAACAAUUAUCUUCUCAUGAAGCAAAUGUUGAGAACACCAAAUUGUUUAAUUCAAAAGAUUUGGAGAAGGCUACUGACCGUUUUAAUAUAAAUAGAAUACUUGGGCAGGGAGGACAAGGCACUGUCUACAAAGGCAUGUUAGCAGACGGAAGAAUCGUUGCAGUGAAAAAGUCCAAGGUAAUUGAUGAAGGAAAACUCAAAGAAUUCAUUAAUGAAGUUGUCAUUCUUUCACAAAUUAAUCAUAGGAAUGUGGUUAAGUUAAUUGGCUGUUGUUUGGAGACGGAAGUUCCUCUACUAGUUUACGAAUACGUUCCUAAUGGAACUCUUUCCCAAUAUGUCAAUGGCCAAAAUGAGGAGUUUCCACUAACUUGGGAUAUGCGCUUACGAAUUGCAACAGAAGUUGCUGGAGCGCUCUUCUACUUGCACUCAGUAGCUUCCAUUCCCAUUUACCAUCGGGACAUUAAGUCUACAAACAUACUCUUAGAUAAUAAAUACAGAGCUAAAGUAGCUGACUUCGGAACUUCAAGAUCCAUCACCAUUGAUCAAACUCACUUAACCACACUAGUACAUGGCACUUUUGGAUAUUUGGACCCUGAGUAUUUUCAGUCAAGUCAGUUUACAGAAAAAAGUGAUGUUUAUAGUUUCGGUGUUGUCCUUGCCGAGCUGUUAACUGGAGAAAAAGUUAUAUCUUCAACAAGGACACAAGAAUCCAAAAGUUUGGCAGCAUAUUUCAUUCAAUCGGUGGAGGAGAACAAUUUGUUUGAUAUUAUUGAUAGUCGAGUUUUGAAGGAAGGUAAGAAAGAAGAAAUCAUUGUGGUCGCGAACCUUGUGAUAAGGUGCCUGGACUUAAACAGGAAGAAACGACCUACAAUGAGAGAAGUUGCAAUGGAGUUGGAGGGAGUUCGAAUGUUGCAAAACACUCCUAAGCUUCAGCAAAAUUAUGAAGAGUAUGAAUAUGUCGAAGAAGGUAUGUACAAGCCAUGGGAUGCUUCUACCUCGUCAACAAUGUCAGCUUUAUCUAUAGACACCCAACCAUUAGUAUCUUUUCAAACAGUGUGAAUUAUUUUUUUUUUAAUGUCAUGUUGUUGGCUAGAUAAUUUGUAGUUUACUUGUAUUGUACUGGUAAUUUCAAGAAUCAUAUAUAAGAAC